GUGCGACCCAAACUGCCUCUGCUGAGGAUCCUGCAGGCUGCAGGUGCCCAAGGUGACACCUUCACCCUGAAGGAGGUGAUGCACUACCUCGGGCAGUACAUCAUGCUGAGGCAGCUCUACGACAAGAGGCAGCAGCACAUGGUCUACUGUGGAGGAGAUGAGCUGGGAGAGCUGCUGGGACUGGAGAGCUUCUCUGUGAAAGAUCCAAGCCCAGUGUAUGACAUGCUGAAAAGGAACCUGACUGCUGCUGCUCUCACAGAUGCUGCACAGACUCUCCCAAAGGAGCAGAGCGUCGCUAUGCCCAGCCAGGACCAGCUGCAGUUUAGCCAGGAGCAAGGUCCUGCCAGUGGGAUCAUGGAGGGGGACAGCAAGGACUCUGCUUUGUCUACCUCAGAGCCAAACUGUGACACUUGUGAAGACAAAGACUUAAUAGAAAACCUCUCUAAAAGCAAGAAGCCUAAGCUGGACCUAGUGUUUGAGGAAUGGGAUGUGGCUGGUCUGCCAUGGUGGUUUUUAGGCAACCUCAGAAGCAAUUACAAGUCCAGAAGUAAUGGAUCAACAGAUAUUCAGACUAACCAGGACAUAGACACUGCCAUUGUGUCAGAUACUACUGAUGACCUGUGGUUCCUCAACGAGUGUCCCUUGGAGCAGAGCAGUGCUGGUGUCAAGGUGGAGGUGGCUGACUGUGAGGAGGUGAAAGAAGGGGACACAAAGGUGACUGAGGAUGUGUGUUUGGAUGACUUGGAGGACACUCAGUGCCUAAGUGAUGAUACAGACACAGAAGCUGCUUCUGAGGACUGUUGGCAGUGCAGCAAGUGCAGGAAGCUGAACUCCCCAGGAAAAAGAUACUGCUGCCGCUGCUGGGCCCUGCGCCAGGGCUGGUACUCAGGCUGCCCACGCCUGCCCCACACCCUCUCCCUGCCCAGCAUCCAGGCCCUGCAGCCCCAGGAGGACCCAGGCCUGGAUGUCCCAGACUGCAGAAGGACAAUCUCUGCCCCAAUCGGCCAACCCAAAGAAUUCCUGGUGGGCAGCAAGUCCCAGGUGGAUCCUUGCGGCUCCAUCGAGUCUCUGGAUCUGGCCCGAGGGUGUGAGAGCAAAGAGUCUCUACUGAGUCUCACCGAGCAGAAAAAGGAGGAGGAAAUGGAGUCUCUAGAGAGUAUAAAAAUGCUACUGAAUCCUUGUUUCCUGUGCCAGCACAGACCUCGGGAUGGGAACAUUGUCCAUGGCAGGACUGCUCACCUCGUGGCCUGUUUCAGGUGUGCAAAGAUGCUGAAGAAGAAGAGAUCACCUUGCCCAGUGUGCAGGAAGGAGAUUGAGAUGGUGAUCAGGGUCUUUAUGGGGUAG